AUGAGCGCCUGUAGCACGGCCACCAGCCCCCACCACCCCCACGACCUCGCGCUCCGUCGGCCUGCCUGCGACCACGACGUCGUUGUUGGCUUCCGUGUCGACUGUCUGGAGCGGCGGCUGAGGGACCUGGAGAUGUACUGGGAUGAAUACAAGGCCAGCCGUUCCACUUCCACGGCCAUGCCGCCGCGGCUGCGCCAUCGCCGUAGCCGCUCGGACACCACCAACGCCGGCUCGCCUUCUUCGGCCAUCGUCACCGGUGCCGGCCCGAUAACGCCGGACCUCUGCCCUAUACUCGUAGGGCGCUCGCCGACGACGCCGAGGAAGCUGAUCUCCUCGCUCCAGCAGAUCAGCAGCGGCGGCGCCAGUGCUAGCACCGACGCCACGGUCGACGGCGGUGGCAAGAUCCGAACCUACGAGGAAGACGCGUCCAGCGUAUGCUCCGGAGAUGCCGCGCCCUUCGUCGCUGUAGCAGCCAUGGCAGCCGCCUCCUCGUGCUCCUGCUCCUGCGAGUGUACCAUCCCGCGCUGUCCCUGUAGCUGCAGCUGCGGCUUCUCGUCGAGCACAUUGUCCUCUGGAUCUACCGCGUCCACGUCCCUGUUCUCGCUAGGUGAGAAUGCAGCGGCCGGCGAGAUGGGGAAGAGGGAGGGAGGCAGAUGGGCUACAUGCAAGGUUGGACGGUUUGCCGCCAUUGCCGUUGCAGGUGUGGCGGUUCUUGGGACCAUGGUCGCCGCCGUCUUAAAUUUGGGCAUGGACGACGGUCAUGUGGAGUUUCUAGUACCCACAUGA